GGAUAGUGGAUCCAGGCGAACCCCCCGCCUUGUGCAACACACAUCUUCUAUUCUGCGGUAAAGAUGGCGGCGUCAGAGGGGGCGCGCAGCGGCCGCACAACGGCAAAACGAUUCUAACUAGCUUCAAUUUGACCGAAUAUAGCCAACCGGGUGUCUUUUAUUACUACUCGGAUGCCACCCGGAGCAAGGAAUUAGAGGCAGUCGCUGUCACACGCCGGGGUUGGGAUUUUAUUGUUAAAGGCAGGGUGGGUGGGUUUCACUGAUAGCAGCUAACGUUAGCUAACGGGCUAGCUAGGCGAGCUAACACGGGCUAGUUUUACUUUAGCCCACUGAAAGAACGGCAGGGAAGGGAUUGAGGAAGAGUAUUCGGGCCAGGCCGCUCCAGCUUUGGGGGAAUGUGAACCAGACGCGCGCAGGGGGGUUUGCUUGCUUCGUCCUCACGCCAAACUACCGGGAUGGGACAGCAGGUUGGCCGAGUCGGUGAGGGUACAUCGACCGGGCUCCAGCCACCACAGCCCCACGCGCCCCAACCACACCAAGGGAAGGGGAACCGGGGGAGCGGCGUCGGGAGGAGACCCCGGGAACCCGGCAGUAGCACCGGGACACCGCCAGGCAGGACAGCUCCAGUCAAUGUGCCCGAUCCAGGCAUCAAUAUAUUCACGCAGCAUUCAGAAGCUCUGACAGAGGCGGUGCGCUGGAGCUCCAAGGAGAACCUUCUGGGCGCGACCGAGAGCGACCCUAACCUCUUUGUUGCACUUUAUGACUUUGUUGCUAGUGGAGACAACACACUCAGCAUCACCAAAGGUGAGAAGCUGCGUGUGCUGGGCUACAACCAGAAUGGAGAGUGGAGUGAAGUGAGGUCUAAAAACGGUCAGGGAUGGGUUCCCUCCAACUACAUCACACCGGUCAACAGCCUGGAGAAGCAUAGCUGGUACCACGGGCCCGUUUCCCGCAGCGCUGCAGAGUAUCUGCUCUCAUCACUUAUCAAUGGCAGUUUUCUGGUGCGAGAAAGCGAGAGCAGCCCCGGACAGCUGUCCAUAUCUCUGCGCUAUGAGGGCAGAGUGUACCACUACCGGAUCAACACAGCCACGGAUGGAAAGGUGUACGUAACAUCCGAAAGCCGCUUCGCCACUCUGGCCGAGCUGGUCCAUCACCACUCCACUGUACCUGAUGGUCUGGUCACCACGCUGCACUACCCUGCACCCAAAUGUAACAAGCCUACAGUGUACGGUGUGUCACCCAUCCAUGAUAAGUGGGAGAUGGAGCGCACAGACAUCACCAUGAAGCACAAGCUGGGAGGAGGCCAGUAUGGGGAGGUGUAUGUCGGAGUGUGGAAAAAGUACAACCUCACUGUGGCUGUCAAAACACUAAAGGAAGACACCAUGGAAGUAGAGGAGUUUUUGAAAGAGGCAGCAGUUAUGAAAGAGGUUAAACACCCAAACCUCGUUCAGCUGCUGGGUGUGUGUACGUUAGAGCCUCCUUUCUACAUUGUGACCGAGUAUAUGCCACAUGGCAACCUACUGGACUACUUGAGAGAGUGUGAACGCGAUGAGGUGAAUGCUGUUGCGCUGCUGUACAUGGCAACGCAGAUCUCCUCUGCCAUGGAGUAUCUGGAGAAAAAGAACUUUAUACACAGGGAUCUCGCAGCAAGGAACUGCCUGGUCGGUGAAAAUCAUGUCGUGAAGGUUGCCGAUUUCGGCCUGAGCCGGUUGAUGACCGGUGACACCUACACCGCCCACGCUGGGGCCAAGUUCCCCAUCAAAUGGACCGCACCGGAGAGCCUUGCCUACAACACCUUCUCCAUCAAGUCUGAUGUCUGGGCUUUUGGAGUGCUACUUUGGGAAAUUGCCACUUAUGGCAUGUCUCCCUACCCGGGUAUCGAUUUGUCUCAGGUCUACGAUCUCUUGGAGAAAGGCUAUCGCAUGGAGCAACCUGAGGGAUGCCCGCCCAAAGUUUAUGAGCUGAUGAGGGCAUGCUGGCAGUGGAGCCCGUUGGAUCGACCUUCGUUUGCAGAGAUCCACCAAGCCUUCGAAACGAUGUUUCACGGCUCGAGCAUUUCUGAAGAGGUGGCAGAGGAGCUCUGUAAGACAGCAUCCUCUGAUCACAGCGGGCCGCUGCAGUCUUUCAGUCAUGACAUGCCCCUGUUGCCUUCCAAAUCUCGCCCACUCCACAAGCACACAGAAAACAAGGAAAACAUCGAGGGUGGACUGGACGGCCGCACUGACCACUGCACGCACGGUCACUCAGGUUGGGCGUCAUCUUUGCUCGGAGGGGACGGCCGAUCAGGCACCUCCCCAGCCCUCCCCAGAAAGCAACAGUCAAGAGAUAAAUCUCCCAGCAGCCUUUUAGAGGAUGCACAGGAUGUGGGCACAUUUACACGAGACCGCAAGACUGGCUUCUUUAGCUCAUUUAUCAAAAAGAAAUCUUCCUCGUCACAGUCUUCUCAGCACCAACAGAACCUUCCGAUGCCACCCAAGAGAAGCAGUUCCUUCCGGGAGAUGGAGACACAACCUCACAAAAAGUACGAGCCUACACCCGAUUUCAGUGCUCCUCCUCCCCUGCCCCAGUCAGACAGUUUAGGGGGCUUCUCUGCGUCUCCUUCCCACUCACAUGGGGAACCUAUCCAGGCACAGUCUCGCUGCUGCGGGGCAGCUUUUGGACAGAAACCCUCUGGGGGAGGUUUUGGUUCACAGGUGACAAGUGGUAGCAGUUGGAGUGGGCUGGCUGGCUUUUUUACCCCUAGACUCAUUAAAAAGACCCUGGGGCUACGGACAGGGAAGACAUGCUCCGCAGACGAGGGUGGAAAUAUAGUUGGUGGGCCUAAACCUUUCCCUAGGUCCAAUUCUACCUCCUCAAUGUCAGCUGGGCUGCCUGAUUUGGAGCGCAUGGCUCUGACGUUACCCAGGAACCGCAGUGCUAAACCGCCUCUGGAGAGGACUGCCUCAACAACCUCUCAGCCAGAGAACGGGGCUGCACGACCGUCAGAAACUCUGCUGAGGAGGAUGGAUGAGGGGACUGCACAGAUCAGGGAAAGGCCCAAAGCCAAGCUACUACCCCGGGGCACUGCUGUAGGGGUGAGGGCACCGGGGGUCGGGGGGGAAGUUGGGGAUUCAGACAGCCUGUCCCGAGUCAGGGAGGGUAGAGAGGAGAGUGGAGGACUGGACAGGCAGCAGAGUUGGACAUCUCCCUCCAAGUGCUCGGGCUUGAGCAUGUCAUCAGCUGCAGCAGGUGGGCCAACUCACAACCACAAAGUCCCAGUGCUGAUCUCUCCCACACUGAAGCACAGCCCAGGUGACGUGCACCUGGUCGGGCUAGACUCUCAGGGGAACCGCUUUAAACUGCUGUCUGAGCACCAAGCAGACCGAGACAAGCCACGCCUCGUCAAACCCAAGUGUGCGCCGCCGCCUCCCCCUACUCUGCGCAGUCUGCAACACUCCUACAGCGGCGACGGAGAAGAGCAAGUCGGAGGAAUGCCCGUGGAAGUAAAUGGGGACACAUUAAAAGGUCAAAGGUCAGGGCGAAUGUCAGGAGGAAUGAUGACAGGCAGACCAUCAGUGCCACCACCGCAAGUGCCUCCAGCUUCUUCCUUUUCUUCUUCUUGCUCUGCCACCACAAACACAACGCCCACUAAAAUGGCCAAUGGGGCGACCACCACGGCCCCCUCGCACACAGCACUGUCUGCUGGUUCCAAAGUGGCACUGCGGCGAACUAGGCAGCAAGUGGAGAGGGCGCCCUUGGAGCGGGUUAGCCGCGAGGCCUUGCUGGACUGCGCGGAAUGCCUGAGCAGCGCACUCCACGCCAGCUCCGAAAGCCCCUCCAGCAGCCAGGUUCUGGACGCUGGCCAUCAGCUGCUAGACUACUGCUCAGGUUAUGUGGACUGCAUCCCUCAGAUGAGGAACAAGUUUGCCUUUCGAGAGGCAGUGGGGAAGCUGGAGCUCAGCCUGCAGGAACUGAGAGCCUCGUCGUCAGGAGGUGGGGGGUUGGGUGGCGUGGGGUCCAACACUGUACUGGAUAACCUGCACGGCUGUAUUAAAGAGAUUAGUGACGUAGUGCAGAGGUUCUGUUGACAGCUUUCUGGGGACGGAUCGAGACGCACCUCUGCAGUACCUCACACUAUCACUACAAGAAAUAACUUUUUUUAAAAUUGUUUACAAAUCAGUUUGAUAAAAUGCCAGUGUGGACACUAAUUUUCCUCUAACCUGUACAUAUUGAGAAAUAAUAUACCAAACUAAAUUCAAGUCGCACCAUAAAACGUUUCACCACAACUUUUUACGUGGCCUUGAUGUAAAGGCGUCCUUGCUGCCUGAAUGUCGAGUGUAUCAGCUGUGUGUAGCCAGCCGACAGAGUAGGUAAAGCUCACUCUGCUUCCCCUCGAUUUAAACUCAAGAAUUGUUUUACAAAUAUGUAAGUGUACCGUUUUCCUCUGUGUCUGGAGAACCAAGUGAUCGUGAGCCAUUUCGGAAACUACAUUCAUGUGAACUCCUUCGAGGUACGAGGGGUGGUGGGGGGUGUUCUCAUAGGCCAGUUGGACAAGUGUAAAAAGGUUAUAAAUAACACACCUGCUUUGUCCCUUGUGUGGGGUUAAAGUCUGGUUGCUUUUGUUUUGUUUUUUCAAUAGUAACCGUGAAAUUUCCACGUCCACCUAAUCAUAAUAAAAGUUUUAGCGAUUGCCUACAAAA